AUGGCUCCUCAGGGGCAUUUGUGGCUCGCAGCCACGAUCUUUAGUGGGUUGAUCUCAAUCGUCGCGUCGCAAGACACCUGGUGUGGAAAGGUCUACAACGGGUCGGCCCAGAUCAUCCCUGGUGGUUUCAUGACACAGCCAGAGGCAGCGUCCAGCCCUCUGCUUGACGUUCAGAUCGCAACGCGUCACAGCAUCUAUGUUGGCAGUGAGACCACGGCAGAGCUCAUUGUCGAUGCCGGCCUGUCCUACUACCACGGUACCGCUUACUCUUCUCCUGCAUCGGGCGCAGACAACGCGUCUGACACCUUUCGUUUCACUGCCACGGUUCAGGACAAUGUUCUCGUCUCCGGAGAGAUCCCCGUCAAUUCAACAGACAAUCUUUUCCAGUUUGACCUGACCGGGCUCACACCGAGCGCGUCAGCAUCAUACUCAGUUACUCUCACUGGAAGCACAUCAAGCGGGUCCAAUGUCACAGCAGAAACUGAACUCUUCUACCUUCCAGAGAAGACCACCGGAAGUGUUGUAAAGGUCGACAGGCUCUAUGGCUCUCUUCUGUACCGAAAUGACGCCACAGGCGGCGACUUCAAGCCAGUCUUCCCCUAUGGAUACUACGGCAGCUAUAGCGGAUACUUCAACGACACCACAAAAAUAGCAGCAUUCGAGGCCGCAGGGUUCAACGCCGUCAACCCAGUGGCCGACUUUGCCGAUACCAACAUGACGGACAGCAUCGACGCCAUGGACCAGGUCAACCUCCUCUUCCAGUACGACAUGCGGAACUCGUUCCAGAACCUGACGUCGGUCGCAGAGCAGAUCCCCCUGGUGAAGGACCACCCCUCGCUGCUGACCUAUUACACGGCAGAUGAGCCGGACGGCUGGGGAUAUACCUUUGAGUCAUCAGUGGAUGCCUACAACCUUCUGGCGUCACUAGACAAAUACCAUCCCACAGCACUUGUCCUAAACUGCCAGAACUACUACUUCAAAGAGUAUACAGUAGGCGCCGACAUCCUAAUGGAAGAUGCCUACCCAGUCGGGAUCAAUGCGACCUUCGCAGACAAGUGGGGCACGCCCUGCAACCUGACCUAUGGCGACUGCGGAUGCGACAACUGCGAAGGCAGCCUGUUGGACGUGCCAGCGCGCGUCGACGACUUCCACAAGUACGCGGGCUGGAUUGGCGGCUCCGCCGUCACGCGAAAGCCCGUCUGGGCCGUGCCCCAGGCCUUCUCCGGCGAGGGCUACUGGGCCCGCGACCCGACCCCCGAGGAGACGUGGGUCAUGGACCUGCUCGCCUUCAACCACGGCGCAAUGGCCCGCCUGGCGUGGAUAUACCCGCCUUCCGACGUGCUAUCUAAUGCGACGGCGAAGCUUGCAAAGGUCGUCACGGUCGAGCCGGUGGUGGACUUCCUCACCGGCGCGAACCCCGUGUUGGUGCAGGACGGGCGGUCCGGCGACGGGGUUCUGGACGCGGCGUACUGGUCCACCGGCGACAGCAGCAAAGGGGUCCUGGUUGGCGUCGUCAACGCGGUUAACUCGUCUUCUGUAGCUCCCGUACAAAUUCCUCUGCCAGAAGGGCUUAACGUGUCCAAGAUUGCGUCACAGCCAUGGGGGAGUGUGGACUGGAGCCUCCAGGGAUCGACAUUGGUGGCCGAGGGAGGUCUGGAGGCACUCGACACCAGCUACGUGAUACUACAGUAG